AUGACUCCUUACAAGCUUAUUUAUGGCAAGAAUUUCCACUUGCCGGUUGAGCUUGAACACAAGGCCAUGUUAACUAGUGCGGGUGAGCGGCGCUUGCUUGAUCUCCAUGAGCUAGAGGAGCUCCGCAUGAACGCAUAUGACUCGGCGAGCAUUUACAAAGCCCGUUCUAAACAAUAUCAUGACGCUAAGAUUGAAAAGAGAGAGUUCAAGGAGGGGGAGAAGGUCCUCCUUUAUAACUCCCGCUUGAAGUUAUUCCCAGGAAAACUCAAGUCCCGGUGGAGCGGUCCAUUCGAUGUUGUUCGGGUCUUCCCGCAUGGUGCAAUCGAGAUUCGGAAUGACGAUUCCGGGCCCUUCAAAGUGAAUGGUCAUCGGCUCAAGCACUAUUACUUGGGUGACUCUAUUAGCUCUUUUGCUUCCUUGGACCUCAAGGACCCCCCUUGA